AGCGCUGAGAGCAGGGGGAGACAGAGAGGAAGAAGAGUGAAGCCGGGAUAGAGACACCAGCAGGUGCAGAGGGUAGAAACAAGCAGGGUGCCAAAGAAAAAGCUAGGAAAUCAGGGAAAAUCAUCCUCUGUGACAGUCAGAGCCACCAUGGACACCGGGAGCCCCAGGAAGAUACAGUUCACCGUUCCCCUUCUGGACACACACCUGGACCCAGAGGCAGCAGAACAGAUCAGAAGACGCAGACCCACACCUGCCACUUUAGUGGCAUCCAGUGAUCAAUCAUCACCUGAAAUCGAUGAAGAUCGUCUCCCAAACCAGUUGUACAAGGCAGCCUUGUUGAACUCCCCUCGACAACGGAGAAAAGGGCAAAAGGGAAACCCUACCAUGAAAGAGCUUCAGUUUAUGGUGGAGCACCACCUGUACAGGCAGCAGCAGGGGGGGGGGGACGAGUGCUCCUCAGAGAGCUGCCUGUCGGAUCGUCCCAGCCCCGACUCAUUCCCCCCCGGGGAGGAGCUCCCACACGACGAUGAGGCCACUGCAGAGGCCACUGCAGAGGCCUUUGAGAAACUGCGCUGCCAAAUGGAGGAGUUCUCGAGGGAAAGUCUCUCAGAAGCUGCUGUGGGGCUCGAGUGCCCCCUCUCCAAGGAGAAGGAGGAUUGUUCCAGCCUUGCCAACGUAGCAGAUCCCUCCUCACAACACAUCAACGUGCAAGCAGACACAAAAGCAGCAGCAUCCAGUGUGAGUCAGCCAGCAGAGGAGAAGAUAAAGAAAUGCAGCCUGGAGAAAAAGAAAUAGAGCGGUCUUCUGCACAACACAAAGAUGCUCGGGCUGCUCAGCCAGCCGACACAAUGACAGAAGAUUGUGUCUGCAGAUCCACUCUCUAGAUACAUCAGGGCAUCCAUGUUCCUCUACAGUCAGGCCUUAGUAACCACACCAAGAACAACAACAAAGGUUUCAAAAAUUAUUUUGUGUGACGUAUUUAAUUAAAAUCUAUUUGUUUUAGCUUCCCCUUCACUGAACUAAAACUAGCUUACUGUAUCUAGUUAAUUAGAAAGAGACACUUUUGCGAUCUCAGUCCAAUAUUCAAUUUCCUUAACUUCUACACUCACAUGCAUUAUGUCCCCUUUAAUGUUCAAAUGCAACACCUUUUCUGUUUGCAAUUUAAAAAAAUGGUUACAUUCAAAGCAAUACAAAUGUAUUUGAACCUCAUAAAUAACUGGGACCGAAACCAAAACAUUGAAAAUUCAACUGAAGUGAUUUAGUGAGGUAGAUGCUGAAUCUCCAGUGAGUGGGUAUAGGCAACAUCUAGGUUGGUUGGCAGUUUAAUGAAAACAUAUUUACACAUGUGUUCACACUACUGUAUUGGUAACACUGGAAUACAAUUGCAUGUUAUUUUUUCUGCUACAGCAUGUACUGUAGAGCUGCAAAGAUUGGUCAAUGCACUGAUUGACAGAAAAUGUAUGGGUAACUAUUUUGAUAAAAGGGCAUUGAUUGACUUUUUAAAAGAAUAAAUGCAGACUGCUGGUCCAACAAUAUAAAUACAUUUGAACUAUAGGGAAUUUUGAGAGGCAUUUUUCACUAUUUUCUGACAUUUCAUAGAUAAAGCCAUUCAUCAUGAGAAUGAUCAUCAGAAGCAUCGAGCCUUGUAACCCUAACAGCAUUGCACAUCUGCUUAGUUUCCUGUGCUUAAUUAAAAGAAAACAGAAACCUGAAUGGAGAACUUGAUACUUUUGUAUAAGUGUGUUGGAACACGGUUCAUUCAAUCAUCAAUUAAAGUCAAUGGGGACCUUGUUUCAAUACAGCCGAUCAAAUCUCUUCAUUUUAAUCCCUAUUUGCAUAACGCAUUAUCAAAAUAACCAUAAAGCACCCUGCAACACAAAACAACCACCAAAACCUUGAACUACAUACAGUUUCCUGCAAAACUCCCCAUAACAUACAAACAUGAAUGCAUGUCUGACCCUAAACCAGCAGCUUGUUGAAUGAGCGACCAAACAAAUAUUCACAGUUGAGAAGAGCACUGCCAUCGCUAGUUUGGAGGUUAGCAUGCUAUUAAGCCGCUCAGCUGCAGCACAUUAAACAGCAUGUAAACUUACUUUCCUGGGAGUUUCCUGUCAGAUGCUGGAGUUGUCCUUGCAAUGAAGCCUGGGCGUUAAUCUAUCCAUGGUUAUUUUCCAGCACUGCUGCCUACAAAUCUGCCCAUCACAUGUAGGCUAACAUUUGUUUACUUGUUGUCUGAUGAGGUCACCUGCUAACUGCUGUCAAUCACAAACACACGCCCCCAUCUAAUGAGAGGUAAAGUCGGACUUUUAUGGACUAUCUUAUAUUUAUCCCAAAGACCUUUGAAAAAAAUUAACUAUUUACUACACGACUAAAAAACUGAACUUGUUAACAUUAUUUCUGACUGCAAACAGGAAUACACAUAAGUGAUUCCCGUCAGACUUCGAAGGAGGACAUAUUAAUCUAUGCUAAUAUCCAAUUAACAUAAUAUCUGGUUAAAGUAGCUAUCACACUCCUAAUACAAGACUUUUACCAGCAACUGUGUAGUUGUAAACUUCUAAUAGCUUUGGACAGAGGGUUGAGUCUACAGAUAUGCUUACGAUUUAUUUUAAUUUUAACUUAGCAUCAUCAGUGAGCAAAUUGUAUCAUCAUAUUUGACACUUUUUGGGGAAAUGAGAACCUGGUCACAAAACACUUUCCUGCAUGGCACUGAAUGUAGAGUGACUUUAUUUAAUUUUUUUAUUGUACUAUUGUUUUGAACAGGCCAUUUCAAAUGCCAAUCAAGCUUAAAAAAUACAAGACACAAAUUGUAAUUACCAGCAUUCCCUUUUCAUUCUAGUUUUUUAUGAAACAAGAACAUUAUAAAGUCAUCACCAAACUCUUACAUCCUACAUGUAUUUCAUCAGUUAUUUGUUAGCACAUAGUGACAUUAUUAUGUAGAACUUGUGACAAUCCUUCCAUGACAUGGAACAUAGACAUGCCUAAAAGAAAGAAAGAAAAACUGUUAACAAACAGUAAGCUAAUGCCACCCUAGUAUUGAUCACAACAAGCCAAUGAUCACAAUGACAAAAUGAUUUAAAAAGAUGGUAAAAACAUUCCUGUGCAAGUUAUUUUCUUCUUCUGCAGUGUAUUUAUGUAAUGUUUUUGUUUGUUUUUGAAUGGUAAUAAUGUAAUAUGUAAUUGUUCCAAUUUUACUUGAAAUUAUUGAUGAUUACAUAUGUAAUCUACAUUUGUUUGAUACAAUAAAGUGUUUAAAUUGGUGA